GUGAGUUUAUCCACAGUUUUCCCCACAACCCAAGGACGUAGGUCAGGUAGCAUUGUUUGUGUCCCGUCUGAGGUAUUCAAGUCACCCGUCGAAUAGAUGAAUGGUGCUGGUACAUAGGACUGAGAACAAAGGAAAAUGCCGGCAGCCAUUGGAGCCGUGCCGUGGUGCUCCGAAACCAGGAUGCUGCGGCUCCGAGGUGCCCCGAUGUUGCAACGGCAUAUAAAUCACGGUGUUUGGAAAGUGCCGAGCUGUGUUGCCAGAACUUCACUUGGCCGAUUCCCAACCAAUUCAUUGCAUACAAGCCACAGCAAGAAGCGAUCAUUAGCCUCCACUAAUACACGCAAACGUCUCAAUCCAUCUCAUCUGCAUAUCUGCCAACCCUCGUCAAUUUCCCUAAUCCAAACCCCAGUCAAAAAAUACACAUCCGCAACCAUGGCCGUGGAACUAAGAAACACCAUCAAGGAGAAGAUGGAGAAGGGCGAGGUGGCCUAUACACUCAGCGUCAAGACCGUACGGACAGUGGAAAUCUCAAUGAUGGCCAAGACUGCGGGCUUUGACGGUAUCCUCAUUGAUAUGGAGCACUCAUCUUUCGACCUCGACACCACCGGCCAGAUCUGCAUAUCUGCCCUGUACGCUGGCAUUGCACCCAUCGUCCGUGCCCCGAGCAAGGACCCCUUUUAUGUUUCCCGCAUUCUCGACGGCGGAGCCCUCGGCGUAAUUGUACCCCAUAUCAGGAGCGUGCAAGAUGCCAAGGACGUCGUGCAAGCAGCCAAGUUCCAGCCGGUGGGCGUGCGGUCGUCGACCAACGGCCUGCCGCACUUCCAGUUCCGGUCCAUCCCCGCCAAGGUGUCGAACCCGGUGUGCAACGCGUCGACGCUCGUGAUCCCCAUGAUCGAGACGCUCGAGGCGCUGGAGCUGGUGGACGAGAUCGCGGCCGUGGAGGGCGUCGACUCGCUGCUCAUCGGCACCAACGACCUCACCGCCGAGAUGGGCAUCCCGGGAGACUACGAGAACCCGCGCCUGACCGAGGCCUACGAGCGCACCAUCGCCGCCUGCAACAAGCACGGCAAGUGGGUGGGCGUCGGCGGCCUGCACUCCCGCCUCGACCUCGUCGAGAAGUUCUGCGCCAUGGGGGCCCGGUGGGUCAUGGCCGCCACCGACGGUCCGCUGCUGCUGGCUGGUGCCACCAAGAGGGGAGCCGAGAUGGCGCAGCUGAGUGCCAGGGUCACGGGGGCUACGAAUGGCAAACAUUAGAUUUUAGAGCUAGACUAGAUGUGAAAAUAGAUACCCU